GUGACAGUCACAGCCGGCAUUUUACCUGUAGGAGUGCAACACACUUUCAGCACGAGCGCCUGCGACUGGGAAUUCUCCCUGAGUGGAAAAUGAAGUUUGGGAUGUUUGGGUGCUGUUUGCUUCUCCUUCACUUCCUAAACACAAUACAGGGUGGAAGUGGAGACAAGUAUAUGACUGGGAUAGUGAAUCAGUCUAUAAGAUUUCCCCCUGUCCCAUUCAAGUAUAUGGCCGACUGGUACUUCAAUGGCCAAUAUAGGGAUGCAGACAAUGGCGCGCUGGUGUUAUCCUCGGAUGGGAAACAACAGGACUAUGUACCUGAGAAAUACAAAAACCGAGUGAAGCCAGAAUAUAAUGCAUCUCUGGAUCUCAGGGAUCUGAAGAAGGAGGAUGAGGGCUGGUAUAAACUUGUGUAUGACGGAGACAGCAUUUCCAUCUACCUGACUGUUCUUGGUAAAGGAGAAGAGAACAUUACUGGAAAAGUCAAGGGAUUGGCCAUCUUCCCUUCGAUGCCCUGCCGUUAUAGUGGGAGACUGUUGUACCACGGGGCAGAUAUACACAACAAGAACCCCAUGGAAGUGUUACACUGUGAUGAUAAGACAUCCCCAGGUCACGUGGCUGAUACGUACCAAAGCCGCCUGCGGCCAUCUUGUAAGGGGUCCUCAGAACUGACAAAUCUCCAAGAGGAAGAUGGAGGGCAUUACACCUGGGAAUGUGAUGGGACCGUUGUUCAUGAUAUUCACCUUGUUGUGAAGGGUACAGAAAAUUUCUGGAUAAUAUGGGCAGCGGUAUUUCUAUUAAUUGCUGUGCUCUCUAUUGGUUUAUUUUUGUUGUGGAGAAGAAAGUCAAAGGGAACCUUGUGCAGAAGACACCAAGGAGGGGGCUUGGAGACCUAUGAAGCAGUGAGACAGAAUGAGGAGAAUUUGGCCUCGGAAGCAGGUGGAAAACUUUCUCAGCCAAAUGGAAACACAACAUUCUCUGCAGGGAACUCACCUAAAGAACUGGCUCAGAACCCAGAAACUGAAACAAACAGUGUUGGGGGAAACAAUAAUAAUGAAGACUGCAAGGAGACCAAGAUAUCUGGGUUAUGUGCAGAAGCUCCAAAGUUGGAGAUUCCAGGGGAAGUUCUAGAUUUUGCGGAAGAAAAGGAAACUGUAAAGAACCAUAAGAUGCAAUGUAUGGAGGAUUGGGAACCAGUCACUUCUAACUCGUCAUGUAAUACAGAUAAUGGGGAUAUAGGGGGUGAUAAAUUGAAUAUUAUUAGAAAUAACACAAUUAAUAAGGAUAAAAGGGAAAUGGAUCCAGGGGGAAGACCUAUUGAACUCACAGAUGGUAUAAUUAAUGUGUGUUUAAGUGAAACUAAAUCAAAUGCAAUUAAUGGUAGAGUAGAGGUUGAGUAUAAUGAGACAGAUAUAAGUAGAGGAGCCCAGAAAUAUAGAAAUAAGAUAAAUAAUAUGGAUAUUAAUGAUAUGGAUAAAGGUGGACUUGACAACAAGCCGGUUAUUACUUGUAGUGCCGAGCAGAGAGAUAAUAGGGAUAUAAUAACUGAAGGCGGUACCUGCGCUAUAAACAUGGAGACUGAUCCAGAUAGCGACCCUGUGAGAUGUAAGAGAGGCGAGGGGCAGGCACAUGUAGAUAAACCAGCUCUAGAUCCUGAUAAAGACACCAUUGUAAUGAGAAAUGAUGAUAAUUUAAAUCCACCAUUUCAAAAUAGUAUAAUAAAUAUGUGCAACUGUGAAGGGCAUAUUGAUAAAGUAAGUGCACAUUCUGGCCCAUUCACUAAGGAUAUUGGUGGCCCUAUACAUAUUUAUAUAGAUAAUGAUGAUGCACAGUAAGGAGAUGGAAAUGACAGAUUCUGUUCCAUUGCUAUCAGUGUUGGGCAGUAUCCGCUGGAUAUGUUUCUUAUUGUUAUUAGCCAGGGCCAGUGUGCCUGAGGGGCCAGUCAUGUCCUGGUCAGUUAGACAAAACUGAUUGUGAUACUGACUUUGUGUGUGUUUGUCUUCACCAACGUCCCACUCAGGACUCCCCAUCCCAAGGCAUUUGUUAUAUUUUCUAUCAUUAUUGCUUUAACUGUUAUUGUUACUUGUUUUAAGUAGAAGCUUUAAAUGCUUGUUAUUGUCCCAUGUCUUUGCCAGCUUGUAUACCCUCAUUGCCAUUGCCAUACAAUACAGUUAUUAUCGAGCAGCA